UGUGCCGAUCAGCGGAUCUGAUGAAGAAGCUCCACAGGUGUGUUUACGAACAAAAAUCCAAACCAAAACGAGACUGCAUUUAUCAGCUGCUGAUGACAGGGGAUUUCAAAAAAAACUGGUUAGCGUCACCUGACCCCACGCAAUGCCACGUAACUAAUUGGAGGACGUGUGAGUAAUCAACGCUCUGCCAUCUCUCCUGGUUUUGUUUGAGGUGAUCGCAAGGCUGAGAAAAGAUGGGCUCCAAACUGUCCAAACGCAAGCGGAUCUCCAAAAAGAGCAAGAAGACGGUGACAACUGACUCUCCAUAUCUUAGCAGCACUUUUCCACCCGAGGAGGAGGAGGAGGAGGAAGAGGAGAAGUGUUAUGACCCAGCAGACUCCUCACUUAUAUUUGUCGAUGAAGAGGAUGUUUUGGAUUUUGAAUACAACGAGUUCAAGUCCCUGAGAGCACUGAUGUCUUGUGGCCACGCAGUCACUCCGAUGUCUCUCACCAACUGGUGUCGCUUGUUGGUGGACCAGGGUGAGUCUACAUUUGUGUGUGGCCAAACUGGCUGUGAUAUUGAAUGGCCCUUUGAGGAGGUCUGUAAAAUGGCUCUUCUAACCGAAGAGGAAAUCAAGUACUUUGAAAACAAAAUGUUCAGCAGUGCAAAGGAUUUAUUGGAUGUCAAAUCAUGCCCCGGCUGCAAGUCUUCUGUGAUGAGAAACGACCCCUCUAAUCUGUGUGUUAAAUGCACAGUGUGCUCUGCUGACAAAAAUGGGAUUUUCAUGUUCUGUUGGCAGUGUCUGAGGGAAUGGCGAGGCACUUCCCCACGUUCAGACCGCUGUGAGAAUUACGGCUGCGUCAAUAAGUCCCUAGAAAUCCUGAGAAACUGUCCGGUUAUCACCUUCAGCGAUGUUGCAGGGAUCACUGGCUGUCCCUCGAUCCGUGCUUGUCCCACCUGUGGCUUCAUAGUGGAGCACGACAGAAGCGGCUGCAAAAACAUCUUCUGCACUCGUUGCAAAGAGGAGUUCUGUUUUGCUUGUCUCCAGCUCACAAACGACUGUUUGGAGACGAGUGAACACUAUGAGCCUUGCUCCAGUGGUGUGGCCCCGAGACAGACAUUUAUACCUGUGUGGCAGAAGGGUGUAAUUUAGAUGAUUACUACAAAACCGCUUUACUCUCCAGAAAAUGAAUGAAAUAAAAGUUUCUUAAAAUUAUGAAAAAAUGUUUUUAGAUCAAACCAAAAGUUGUAGUUUAACCAGUAGGAGUCAGUUAAUGGCUGCAGUGGUGCAUUCCAGUGACACUACAGUGCAUAAGAAUGAAGUAAUUGAAUAUAUGUCAGUCCCUCCAGGAUUUCGCAGGCAUUUUUCAUGAUUGUUGCAGCCGAAAAUGCCUGAAUUCGCAGCAGCUUUUCUAAAAAAAUUGCGAUAAAAGUUGCAAUGUUUUAAGCCUAUUUGUUGUAAUGAAACUGAGAGAGACAGUGACAAUUGCUAAAAAGCUGCAUUUUUUCCAGCUUGUAC